ACCGGUGACAGCUCCUCAAGAACGAAGUAGCUAUUGGCUCAUCUAGAAGUUGACAUGGACAUAUAGAUAUAUAGGAUAUAUUGACUUAUCGGUGCUGCUGCUACCAAAACAUAUAAUACAUGACGUUACAUAAAAGUUAUAUAACGUAAUUUUCUAAUCGUUUUUGUGUUAGUUUGGGAGUAUGCUAUUCUGUGCUAUGGUUGCGUGUACGUUGUCAAUAAAGUUUAGACAAAACGGGCGGGCAGCGCGAUGACGUAUUAUUCAUGCGACGGCACCGCGCGUUGUUUGGAGGCGGUGAAAACGUUAAAACGCUUAGCCGCUGGUGAUAUCGGUAUCGACGGGGCUUUUACAGGGGCAACUAAGUGGGUAUUUAUCGACCAUUAAGCAGCUCGGGGUACCGGCCCAGGCAUGUUUAGCCCCCGCACCACUCCGAGCUCCGGCCGCAGGCAGCAGAGCCGGACCGCGGGGAGGAAGAGCGUCUCCUCCAGCCUCCUGUUCUCCCCACGCAGGACGAAUCUGUCGGCCAGCAGGUCGACACCCACCCGACUGCAGAGCCAUGCAGCUGCAGAGACGAUCAACUAUGACGUGCAGGCGUUCGGCUCAUCGCUGCCCGUCAAAGUCAUGGAGGCGCUGACGAUGGCUGAUGCUGAUGACCAGAUCUCCGUGAAGGUGAACGAGAGCGGCUGGGCCUGGAUGGUUUGUGGAGAGAGACUCAUCAUCUGGAAGAUCUGCCAGACAGCUGUAGCCAAGCUGUCCGUGUGUAAAGAGCUGCAGCUGCCCAGCAGUGAGUACAACUACACGGCCGACCUCGUGGCCGUGACGUCUGCCGCUCCUCUGGAAAUGGCCGCCGUUCAGUCCAUCUCCGUCCUGGCGGUGGCCGCGGAGGGAACGGCCCGUUUCUGGCCCAGUCUGGCGCAGGAGGGCAACUACACGGAAACAGAUGUGGACCUGGGAGAUCUCUGCAACUUUGUCAUUGCCGUCAAAGGUGGGAGCUUCGUCCUGUCCUCGGUAAAGAAUCAGCUGUUGAGGGCGGCUGCGGAUUCUUCGGGAAAGCUGCAGCAUCGAGCUCUGCAGCAGGGUCAGGGCGUGCUGUCCGGCAUCGGGCGCCGCGUCUCCAGCCUGUUUGGCAUCCUGUCCCAGCCGGCCAACGACACGCUGCACAGCGUCCUGUGGGCGGGGGAAACCAGCUGCCUGUACACGCUGACCACGACCAGUCUGAGUAAAUGGGAGGUGGAAGACAGCUCCGAGCACCAGGUCCUCAGCUGGGACGUCCAAAAGGCUCUGACCGAGAGCAUCGCCGACGCCAUCUGGGGCUCAGAGAGCAACUACGAGGAGAUGAAGGAGGGCGUCAAUGUCUCUUACCUGGACAUGAAGACCAGCCAUGUGGGCCUGGUGGUUCUGGCUGCGGCCUGGCACCCGUCGGACACGCCCUGCCUGGCCUACUUCUGCCUGGUCACCCUGCAGGACAGCGGAGCCUCCGUCUCGGACAGUUUCACCGUGGAGGUCACAAAGUACAGCCCCCCCUUCCUGAGCGAGGAGGCGCUGCAGGCCACCCGGCUGGUGCUGCCCCGCUGCCCCCCCGGCUCCACGGCUUUCCUCUACAAUGAGGACCUGGUCUACGCCUGCUCCACGGGGACCGGCCGGGGGGGGCUCCCCGACGAGAAAAUCUGCUUCAACUCACCAGGUGACGGCGUACGUGGAGGAGGCUGCUGCGCCGACCUGCCCGUCUUCUUCUCCCAGAACAGCGGCCUGGUGGCGGUGGUGGCCCGAGAGAGCGCCUCCAUCCUCCCCGAGACCAUGGAGGACUCGCUGUGCUCCUCGCUGGCUGCAGCCCCCGAGGUUUCGUCCAUGGAGACUCCGACCAGAGCGGAGCUGGUAGCUCAGGAAGACAAAACCAAACUGCUGAAAGCAGCGUUCCUGCAGUUCUGUCGUAACGACCUGGUGGGGGCUCAGACGGUCACUGAUGAACUGUUCCCUGCUGACGGUGACGGUGAUGGAGAGGAGGGAGCGGAGCUGGACAGCAUGGUGACCCAGAUCAACCUGGACCUGGUGGACGACUACCCGGCGUCCGAUCCCCGCUGGGCCGAGUCCGUCCCCGAUGAGAGUGCUGGCUUCCCCCUCACCUCCCUCAUCAUCCUCCACCAACUGGAGGACAAGAUGAAGGCUCACGGCUGCUUCAUGGACUUUCUGCUGCAGGUGGGCCUGCUGGACCGGCUCGGUCAGGUGACGGUGCGCUCGUCUCCCAUGGCGACGCGCCUGCUGCUGUGCGAGCACGCGGAGAAGCUGCAGGCGGCCAUGGUGCUGAAGAACCACCACAGCAAACACGGCGAGCUGGUGAACCGCGCCAUCGUCUCCGCGCUGCAGAGGAGCAGCACGCCGGUGCCGCCCAGCCUCACGCCGGCCGACGUCUUCUUCAGAGAGGUGUCUCAGAUCUCCUCGGUGUUCGAUUGUCUGCUGGAGGAGGAGGAGCGCAGUCUGAGGGACAACCCGGUGGACUCGGUGCAGUGGGCCGAGGUGGUGCUCGCCGUCAACAACGUCAUCAAGGACAUGCUUCAGGCUGCUGGUCAGUACAGAGAGACGAAGGCCUCCGUCUACAGAGCCUCUGAAAACGCUGCUGCAGAGCCCGAGUACAUCCCAUGGACAGCUUCCGGCGGAGUCGGCGGCGUUCGCACCGUCCUCUCCCGCCAGCACGACAUCAUCCUGCGCUCCGUGUACCCACACGCCGACUCAGAGCUGCGCAGCGCCCUGUGCGAGCAGCUGGUGGCGCUGUUGGACAUCUAUCUGGGCGGCUACGUGGCUCAGCUGACAUCCCUGCAGCAGCAGAGGCCUCCAGGAGCUCAGCAGGAGCGUUACAACACCCUGGAGAUGGAGUACAGCCAGCGGCGCUCCGAGCUGCUCGCACCGCUCCUGGAUCUGGGUCAGUACCAGUGGGUGGCGGCGCUGGCUGAGAAGUACUGUGACUUCGACAUCCUGGUUCAGAUGUGCGAGCAGACCGACAACCAGAGCCGCCUGCAGCACUACAUGGCCAAGUUCGCCAACCAGAACUUUGCUGACUUCCUGUUUCGCUGGUACAUGGAGAAGGGGAAGAGGGGGAAGCUGCUCUCCCAGCCGGUCUCUCAGCACCAGCAGCUGGCCAGCUUCCUGCAGGCUCACCAACACCUCAGCUGGCUGCACCACAUCCACGUCCACGACUUCCAGAGCGCUCACAGGACUCUCUACAGCCAGGCCAACAACGAGACGCGCUACUUCGUGAAGAAGAAGACGCUGCUGGCUCUCAGCAAGCUGACGGCGCUGGCCUCCGACCUGCCCGAGGACCAGCUCAACAAACAAGUGGACGACAUCGUGGAGCAGGAGCGUUUCCUGCUUCACCAGGAGACGCUGCCUCGGCAGCUCCUGGAGGAGAAGCAGCAGAACCCCGACACCAUGCCUCUGCUCAGCGCGCAAAACCUCAUACAGUUGUACAUCUGCGAUGAAAACAGGCGAGCAAACGAGUACGACUUCAAGAAGGCUCUGGACCUGUUGGAGUACAUCGAGGAGGAGGAUGAAGUGGACAUCGACUCACUCAAGUGUGAGAUCUUCGGCAAAGCGCUCAGGAGAGAUGGCUGGUCCUCUGCCGACGGCAACGACGACCCCCUGGAAGCAGCCAAGGACAGCAUCUUCGUCAAGAUCCUCCUCAAACUCAUACAAGAAGGCGUUCCUCUGCAGACUUACCUGCCCGACGUCAAAGACCUGAUGGAGCUGGACGAGCUGAGCAGCUUGAAAUCGAAGCCUUACUUUGAAUUUGUCCUCCGAGCCAACUACGAGCAUUACCUCCAGGCCCAGAUGUGACAGCGUGGCACUUCAGCUUCCACCUUUUUCUAAUCAUUUUCAAGAUUUUCCUUGAUUUGCGCUUCUUCGUCUAAAUAAAUAUGUUGGUAUUUCUGUA